UUCCUUCCGUCCGCGCUCCUCCCGUCAGUCCUUCCUUCCUGCGGCGCCUGCUCGCUUCGAGGUAUGGGGCAGCGCCUCCGGCCAGCCAGCACCACCUGAGGAUCCCGGAAGUCGCCCCCGCCAUGGAAGACGACCAGGAGCUGGAGAGAAAAAUAUCUGGAUUGAAGACCCCAAUGGCUGAAGGCGAGAGGAAGACAGCCCUGGAAAUGGUCCAGGCAGCUGGGACAGAUAGACACUGUGUGACAUUUGUAUUGCACGAGGAGGACCAUACCCUAGGAAAUUCUCUUCGUUACAUGAUCAUGAAGAACCCGGAAGUGGAGUUUUGUGGUUAUACUACAACCCAUCCUUCAGAGAGCAAAAUUAAUUUGCGCAUACAGACUCGAGGUGCCCUUCCAGCUGUUGAGCCCUUUCAGAGAGGCCUGACUGAGCUCAUGAAUGUCUGCCAGCAUGUGCUUGACAAGUUUGAGGCCAGCAUAAAGGAAUAUAAGGAUCAAAAAGCCAGCAGAAAUGAAGCCACAUUCUAGUCCCUUAUGCACUAUACAGGGAGGACUGACCACUAGGAUAUUCUAUUCGUGCUCUUGCAAAACCCAGAAGUAAACGUUUGUGAUUACAUGAUCUGUCCUGCAGAAAGGCCUGCUUCUAGCUCUUAACCCGUUUCAGCUGUUGGAGUCCCUGCAAGAAACUGUAUUCUUCUAAUAAAUUCCCUCUUUUAUUUAAACUGA